AUUUGUCAAUAAAAAUGAAAUAAUUUUUUUCUCUUGGGUGGAACUAAACAAAAUAUUACAAUAGUUAAGUUCAUAAUAAGAACUUUAUUGACAUCGGACGCGAGAGCUCAAGUUGGCAAUGAUAGCCCGGCAUUACAGAUAGUGGCGCAGGCUGUGCACAGGGUGCCGACUUGUGCUCGAAGCGAGGGCAGGCCCUCGAGGUUUCGGGUCGGGCUGCUUUAAAAUGUAUGAGAGCACAUGUGGCGCGGCGGCGGCCGCGGGCGGUCAGUGCGGCUCGGCUCAGCGCGAGCGCGCGGAGGAAGCGCCGCGCGGUGCGCCACCGCCGCCGCCGGAGCGCGACUACAGCGGCUUCGAUAUCGUGAAAGCUACUCAGUAUGGGGCGUUCGCGCGAGUCAAGGAGCUGGUAGAGGCGGGAUGGGACGUGAACCAGCCCGACCACGAAACAGUGACGCUGCUGCACUGGGCAGCGAUCAACAACAGACGCGAGAUCAUGCAGUACCUGUUAGCACGCGGAGCCUUUGUGGACGCGGUGGGCGGUGAGCUGCAGUCCACACCGCUGCAAUGGUCAGCGCGACAGGGGCACCUGGAGGCCGUGGUGCUGCUGGUGCGCGCUGGUGCGGACAUGAGACGGCGCGACGCAGAAGGCUGCGCUAGUCUUCACCUGGCAGCUCAGUUUGGCCAUACGGCCGUAGUGGCCUACCUGGUGGCACGUGGUGCAGACGUGGAUGAGGGCGAUGCAGGUGGCAUGACGCCACUUAUGUGGGCUUGUUGGAAGGUGGCAGCUGUAGAUCCCACACGCCUGCUGCUCACUCUGGGUGCCUCACCACACCCCGUUGACAACUCUCAUGGCAAUACUGCUUUGCACUGGGCAAUUUUGGCUCGGAAUGCCACAGCCAUAUCAACGCUUAUUCUUUAUGGCAACGCCAGCCUGGAGGUGCCGAACCUGCGCGGCGUGACGCCGCUGGCCAUGCUGCAGGCGGCGGGCGGCGCCGGCGGCGCGGGCGACGCCGCCGUGUGGGUGGGCGCGCGCGUCUGGGAGAAAGUGCGCGAACGCGAGGCGGCGAAGGGCCGCCGGGGCUUCCUGCGCCGGCUGUCCUACGACAAGAAGCUGCGCUGGUGGUGCGCGGUGGGCAUACCGUUCGUGGCGUUCUACCUGACGGGGCUGGCGUUGGAGCUGACGGCGCCGUGGUACGCCAAAGCGGCGCUGCUGGUCGCGCUGGGCGCGGCUCUGCACGCGCUCACCGCCGCGCUCCUAGACGACGACCUCAAGAACGUGUUCCCGCUGAGCGUGUACCUGGCCACCAAGGCGUGGUUCUACAUCACGUGGUUCGCGUUCGUGGCGGGCGCGGUGGGCUUCGGCGCGACGCUGCUGUUCGUGCUGUGCUCCGCGGUGCUGUGGUACUUCUUCCUGCGGGCGUGGCGCUCGGACCCCGGCGUGAUCUCGGCCAGCCGCCAGGACAAGUUCCGCACCAUCGUGGAGCUGUCGGAGGGCGCGCGCGGCGGCUUCGAGCCGGCCCGCUUCUGCUCGGCCUGCCUCGUGCGCCGCCCGCUGCGCUCCAAGCACUGCUCCGUCUGCAACCGCUGCGUCGCCAAGUUCGACCACCACUGCCCGUGGGUCGGCAACUGCAUCGGCGCCAACAACCACCGACACUUCAUCGGGUUCCUGGCGAGCCUGCUAGUGAUGUGCGCGUUCACGCUGUGGGGCGGUGCGCAGUACUACGCGGCCGAGUGCCCGGCGGGCGGCGCCAACGCCACGCUGCUGGACACGACCCUCGAGUGGGCUCACUGCAACGCGUGGCUCAUGUGGGUGAUGGUGAACGCCGCUUUCCACCUGUUCUGGGUGACGGUGCUGACGGCCUGCCAACUGUACCUGGUGGUGUGUCUGGGCAUGACCACCAACGAGCAGUUGAACCGCGGCCGCUACCGGCACUUCCAGGCGCGCGGCGGCCGCUCGCCCUUCUCGCGCGGGCCGCUGCAUAACUGCGCGGACUUCUUCGGCUGCGGCGCGUGCGGGCUGACGCCGCGGCCGCGCGACUGGGCCGCGGCGCCGCCCGACGACGACCCGCUGCCGCCCGACGACGACGCGCCGCUGGCCGACACCGCGCCCAUGCUGCCCGCCGACAACCACUACGUGUGAACCGCCCCGACUACUCUCCGCUUCGUCCUCGCGGCAGAAGCGACUACUUUUAUACCGCCGUACUGUAGCAUAACACGAACGGUAACAGACGCUUUUGUGGCCCGUUCGCGAAAAAAGACCUCGAACCGUAUCGUUCGCUACACACGGUUUGUAUAGGUAUCGUUGUAAUACAGCAUGUCUUCGCUUAGUCCGCUAAAAGGUCCACACCGGUGCGACGCGACAUCGCGCGUGUCACACACGUAGGUUAAAUUGACGAACAAAGGAAGAAACGCAUUCCGAUAUAGAUAUAUAAUAAUUUUUUGAACGUUACUUAAGAGCGCGAGUGAUUCGCACCGAUGCGGCCCUCGCGGCCUCGACUCACGAGCGAACAAGCGAGCCCGUAGGCUGAAAAACUAUGUAAAAAUAUUGAAUAAUACAGUAUUACGCUCGUUGUAAGUAUAUUUCUCCUGUACAUACUAUAUAUCUCCCUUGUUAAAAGCACCUAAUACAUUUCAGUGCGCCUCGUUGUUGUGCUUACGAUGGACUCUCUUCUGUGCCAUUUUACUCGUAUUCGCGCUAAGUGAGACAAGUACAAACCGAGCCACGGGGACCGCGCAGGGCGCUGCUCACUCGAUGGGCCGCGGUAUAUUUCCCUCUUUCGUGGUUUCCUAUGCAUAUUAUUAUACUAUAUACAUAUUAUUAUUCCUCUUGUUUAAUCCAGUUGAUCGUGCGGUGAAAACAAACGAGUAAAGUGCGUAUCGGAACCGGUCCACGUACGUAGCCGUUGCCGAAAUUCGAUUGUAAGAGUUUACGUACAAUGUGUAUCAGUUUAUUAGGCGCCUUGUUUGCACGUACCUUCCGCGCCGGCGGCGGCGCCCGCUCGGCUCGGCCGGUACGUACACUCAUCAUUAUUUUGUAUUUCUACUUUACAAUAAAGAGAGACUUGUAUAAAUUGUAUAAUACGAUAAUGAAACCAAAACGCAUUUACAUAAAUAAAACAAAUCUUAUUUUAGCCUUGCGUUUUACUAUCCCGUCGUACCGUUCACAGCGAACGACCCUCGAGGGUUCCGUCUCGACACGGGC